AAGUCAGGUUAAACCUGACUCCCUGUCCUCGUUGCACGUUGAAAGUUACAGCAACCGACAUGACAGAUUUCCUAACCUCGAAUAUGUCAUUAUUUAACAAUUUAUUUCUCGCAAACUAGAGCCGAGCAACGAUUUUUACUUGCAGAUUCGGCUUCUACACGUCAAAAUAUACAAGACAGCAUAUUAUUAAUCAAAAUGCAAAACGCACGUUCUCUCUUCACGCAUUUUCAAAUACAUAGAUGUAUUAGUUCAUCUAGUGUAAACUUCAAUUUUUCGAGAGAGGGUAGAUUUAUGAAGAAGAUUAUACAAAAGAGUAGUAAAAACAGUAAAUGGUACAACUUAAACACAAAUGUUUGUAAGAAAGAGUCUGAUCCAAUCGUCAGAUCACCAUCUACACAUACAGUACGCAGAAUGACUAUCCGGAAUAGAUUAUUCAUGAAACACAUAACAGACCAAAUAUCAAUGGGAGAAGCAUCCAGUAUUAUUAAUGGAGCCAUAGAAGUUACUAAUGUGGAGAUAACUGCAGAUUUCAAAAAAGUUAAUGUGUUUUGGAAUCAAAUUAGUGAUGUACUUAUCAGUCCAGAAAUAUUACAAAAAUGUGCUUUGAUUAUUCGGCAUGAGCUAUCACAGCUUCGAGUUAUAGGUGUGGUGCCUCCUAUUUAUUUUGUGAGAGACAAGCAGCAUUUAAUACAGCAAGAAGUGGAGAAAAAAUUAGCAAUGAUAGAGUCUGAUCUUCAUGAUUUUGAAGUUUUGUCAUAUUCUGAGCAAAUAGAGUUGGCUGCCUUACAUAUUAGUCAGGAUGUGCAUAAAGAACCAACUAUGGAUAAUGAUUCAGAAUCAGAUGGAUCUUAUUUAGAAUUGCCAGUGAUGAGACAAGAUGUACUUGGAUUAGAUCAUCAUAAAAUCAUGACUCGGAUUGUUGCUUCAAAGUCUAAAUCAAAAGCAGCUGCACAGAGGCGAAUGUUGGAGGUGAAUACUGACACAGAUAACAGCCCAUGCAAUGUUACUGGCAAAAUUGCUGACUUUAUGACAAAGAAAGAGCAACAGGAGCUUUUCAAAAAUUUCCUAAAACAAAGACGGGUAGAGGAGAAACGUAUGUAUCGUAUGAAACAAUCAUCCAAACAGCAGUUGUUGAAUCAAUAUGAGGAAGAUAAUCUUGAAACAAAUUUCGAUAAUAAAUAUAAUUAUGAAGAUGAGUUUUCUGACAACUAUGAGAAUAAGACGAAAUCAUCUUAAAGAAAAAUUUCUCUCCAAAUAAAUUUA